GUCUUGAAUGCACAAUUAAAUUGAUUUUUAAAAUCCGAUUUAAAUUGAACACAUUAUAAACAAAACGUAUUUAAUUAUUCAGUUGAGAAAAAAAGAGAAUUGUUAACAAUGAAUCUGAUAAGCGUUUUGAGUGUGGUGCUGUUAGUACUGCAUCUGCUAACUUCCAUAUUCGCACAACUGUUAUCGACGAUAGGUCCUCCCAAAAAAUUAGAAUUUCUUCUACCACCUUUAAACACCGAUGAUGAGCCGUUCACAUUCAGGGCAUCGCCUUUAGUGUCACCUGCCGGAGAUCUUGUCGGAGGGUCCGGAAAGAUCACUUGGAACCCGCCGGGUACUGACAACAAGAUUAGCCGAACUAUGAAAUGGAGAGACGGAGAGGGAUGGAGCUUUGGUACACAAGGGAAUGUUGGAGUCGGGCGGCAAAGGAGCACUCGCAUCGUAUGGGACGUCAAUCACAGUCCGCAGACAGGGUUGUCCGGUCAAGUCGGCGUCCGACUUAACUUUGGCGGCGGAGGAAGACGUACAUCACGAAGAGGCAAAGGUGGAAGAAGGCGUUCAUCACGAAGAGGCGGAGGUGGAAGACGUUCAUCACGUCGAGGCGGCGGAGGUGGCGGAGGCAGCGAAGGCGGUCGCCAUGAAGCGGCAAUAGCCUUGCAGGAAGCUCAAUGAAAUUUUCACUGAUUUUGCGUAUUGAAGUGUUCAAAUAUUUUAAAUGAAAACGUUUUAAUCUUC